AUGGAAGAUAUGAGUGCAUCCAUCAUUGCAAUUUGCGAAGAAUUGGCGGAUGCCAAGGGUCAAAUUCCCAUUUCACGCUUGGCGGAUGCCAUGCGUUUGCUCGGCAUGAACCCCACAGACCAAGAUGUGGGAACUCUUCAGCGCAGAGCGCUCAGUGUACAGAGCAUGCAGGACGACAAUGAGGAUGGACAGCUCGCAUUGGACAGCUCGCAGUUUGGACGGCUCAUGGAGGAUGCGCUGGCUCAAUGGUUAGCUGCUGAUCAAGCACAGCAAUUGCUGCACGAUUUCCAGGUCUUUGACAAGGACCGCACUGGCAGGAUGUCGACCCAAAAGCUUGUGGAGAUUAUGAAGAUAUCAGGGAACAGCUUCACUGAACUGGAACUGGAGGAGAUGUUGCUCAAUUCAGGUGUGGAAGGUGGCACUGUGGAUUACAAGGACGUGGUUUACAAGCACUUUUUUGGAGCUCGGAGUCGGUCCGCCUUAGGCGACUGGGGCCUCCAACACCGGAAGCCUGACCCUCUGCAGGAUGCUUCGGCUUUGCGUGAAGUGGCCAAAAUGAAAGCUGAUCGAGGUAAGCUCCAGGAUGCUCUGGGUCUAUACAGAGACGCCUUAGCUCUCUUGGAUGGUCAAGCAGCUCAUUCCACAGCAGCGGCCACGCUUCAUGACAUGGCGCGGCUGAAGGAAAUGCUUGGAGAAGAACAAGAAGCUCUUUCGCUCUAUUUGCGUGCUUUGGAGAUCCGCGAAAAGGUCUUGGGACCGAAGCAUUUCUAUGUGGCCACAACUUUGGAUAGCAUCGCAAAUUUGCAAGACCGUAUGGGUCAAGUGGCAGAAGCCUUGGAUUUUGCCUGUCGCUCACUGUCAAUCUGGGAGAGAUUCUUUGGGCCUGAACAUUCUCAUGUGGCCAAGAUCCUCUACAAUCUCGCUGGGCGCAGAGAUUUCGUGGGAGAUCUUGCGGGAUCUUUGGAUUUCUACCAGCGAGCCUUGAGCAUUUUCCAGCGAGUGAACGCGCGCAGUGAGGUGGCAGAUGCGCUUGAUGGCAUUGCAGACUUGAAGUGGCGAAGCGGCGAAACAGAUGAGGCUAUUCUUCUCUACAACCGAGAGUUGAGCAUCCGAGAAGAGCUGCUGGGCGUGGAGCACCCUGAGGUAGUGGAGCUCCGGGAAUUCAUCGAUGACGGGCCCAUCCGGCAUGAAUUUCAAUCGCUGUGCACCGCCGAGACGGCGCAGCGCCGUGCCGCCGUCUCCAGGCCUGGGCGUUUGCCCACAGAGGCCGCUGCACUUAGCACUGCAGAGGACCAAAAUCAGACUAUUCUGCACUUGGAACUUGACGAACCUAGAAACAAAGGAUCCCGGCUUCUGCAGGACCUGGACGGCUGGCAGAUGAUGCCCUUGGGUGUGCCCAAGGCAUGUCACUCUUCUCGUAUGAUUUGGGCUCUGGAGAUUUGCCUCUCGCAGAUUCUUGAGGGCUUCGGAUUGGGAGCGAAGCAGGAAGAGAAUGGUCCAGAGCAGCAGACAGUCACCUGCGUAGGCAUCAUGAGAGGCUUGGGCUCCCAAGUUGGCUAUGGCAACAACACUCGCCGGGUCUGCUGGGAGUCGGCCAACAUGAACCUCACCUCCCUGAGCUGUGAGGCACUGAAUCAUGUCGCUUGGGAGCUGAUGAUUGCUGGACUUCGUCAAUUAGCCCUAUGCAGUGGAAUCUUUGGGGAGAUACCCGUUGACAGUGUGGAGGCCAUGGCUGACGAGCUGCAUGACCUCUCUGGAAGAUCCCUUUCUCGUGAAUUGGAGAUUCACCGGUCAACGCCAAUAGGGCUGCUGAUUGGUGACAAGCUCAAAGAACUGAGAAGUGACCUCCUGCAACCGCUUCAGCCUGAACAGCAUAGCCGCCAGGUAGUGUCGCGAUUGUUGGCCUUCAGCAGGAAAGCCUUUGAGCAUACCAACUUCAUGGCAGCUUGGAAGAAGUUGCACGAUCAACACGCUCGGCAACUAGCUGUGGUGGAGAUAGGCGUUUUCAAAGGAAGCUUGUCCAGGUCCAUUCUGGAGAAGUACCCCUUUGUACAGCUGCUUGGCGUAGAUCCCUACAUUGGCAAAGACGGAACCUUCCCUGGUGACUUCUCAGAGACCUUGGAUCCAGACAUGGCCUUGGCCCAGGAGUUGUUGGAGGCAGCGAAGCCUCAGGCAGCUCUCUACAGACUAGACAUCUUGCAGUGGUUCCAAAGCGGAUGCGCCGGCUCAGCAAAGCAAAAGGAGAUUGUGGUGAAUGUCACGGGCACCACGAGGAUAGUCUUUGAUAGAGAACAACCCUGGGCAGGAUCCUGGGCAGGAUCGACAGAGAGCGGCAAGACCAUCAGCCUAAGAGCGGAGGUUGCGCAGAGGCUCUACGAAACCUACGCAGAUCGAGCCCAGUUGCUCCCAACGACAUCGGAUGUUGCAGCCAGGACGGGCAAAGAUGAAGCGACCAUUUCGAAGGACCUAAUGCGGGACAACUUCAUGUCAGCAGAGGAGGCCAAGGAGUACGGCCUGAUUGAUCAGGCUGGGGACUGGGAAAAGCGCUAUGAGUUCGUUUGGGCCUUGGACAGUGACAUCGACAUCUCCAAGGCGGAUGUGUCGAACUUUUUGGAGAUGGCGCGGCACAUGAAUUCCGCCAUUAUCGGUCCCACCUUUGUCGAGAAGGAACACAUGUCACUUGCAGCCAUGCAGGAUAGUGCUAGGGUGAUUCGCCGGGAAGGCCACUCUCCCACCAGGCAUAGUCGGCAUCAUCACGGAUACCAAGCCAGCGGUCCCAACAAGAUCCAGGAGCCGGAUCCAGGUUGCGACUUUCGGCACACAGACUUUGUGGAGCUCACAGCGCCUCUCUUGAAGUCUUCUGUGCUAAAGCAGAUCCUGGUCGAUUGCAAGCACUGCAUUCAUGAGAGGUCCGAUUGGGGCCUUGACAUGAUGUGGUGCAACUACGUCUCUGAGAGGUUUGGACACGGGUGUGCCCUGGUCGAUAAGACUCCAGUUGUCCACCUGGAUUGGGCUUUGGCUCCAAUCAGUCCAGACUUCUAUGCGGCCAUGCAUGCUGUACAGGCCCGUUACAAGAGAUAUUGGUCAGAGCAUCGAGUUCUGGAUUGCAAGCAUCAGCAAGGAGGCCUCGUGGAGAACAUAGCAGAGGAAACAAUAGCUCCUGCACCAGAGAAGCACAGGAAAAGGAAGCACAAGCAGGCGAUCAAGACACGAACGAAUCGCGAGCUUGCAAAAGACGAGUACAAACCUUCUGAAGAGUCAGAGAACGAGGACGAUGAGCCGGACGAUGGUUUGGAGGCUGAGCAGGAAGCAGGGAACGAAGAGGAGGAGGAAACCGACCAGCAGCCCUCAAACGAACAGACAGACGAUGCAGCAAAUGCCGAGGAGGAUGGAACGGACGAGAAUGGAUUGUCUGCAAAGUCAAAGACUGCAGCAUCUGCAAGAUCAGCAGAUGGAGAAGACGAAAGAGGAGAUGAAGAGGACACCACGCGGUCGGCUCAAAAGAGCGUCAACACAUCUGCCCAGACAGAGUCCAAAAGCUCGCCAAGCAACUCAUCCCAAGCACAGAAGGAGGAAAACGACCAGCAGCCCUCAAACGAACAGACAGACGAUGCCGAGGAGGAUGGUGCGGACGAGAAUGGAUUGUCUGCAAAGUCAAAGACUGCAGCAUCUGCAAGAUCAGCAGGUACGACUCAAAACACCUCGAGCGUUGCAGGGACGAAGGACAAGUCAGCUAGUGAAGAUGAAGGUGGAGAAGACGAAAAAGGAGAUGAAGAGGACACCACACAGUCGGCUCAAAAGAGUGUGAACACAUCAGCUCAGACGGGGUCCAAAAGCUUGCCCAGCAACUCAUCCGAUUCAACGCAAAAGGAAAGUGAAGAUGAGUCUGCAGAGGGAUCAGCCUUCAGAAAUGGCACCUCUUCAAAGACGGAGUCCGAGGUUGAGCCUUCGGAAGGUAUCUUCAAAGUGAAGGCGAGUGGGCAACCAGAUACAUUGAAUGAUGGCCUUGAUCCAGGGGCCUCCUGGAAGCACUCACCUGGAGCCUUUCCGAUGGAAAGGCCAACACAGGACCUCGACGCUCUCAAGAGGAAGAAGACUGGCGCCUCGAGCAUUGGUGUAGAUGUUAAUGGUCCCACCAGUGCGAAGUCGUUUGCCCACGCUGGUGAUGGCAAAGAGGGCCAGAUGGGUCAGAGACGUGGGUCAGCCGUUGAUGCUGAAGGACAUAUUGAAAAGACGCAGCUUCGAGAGGAGCGGAAGCCCAAUCUGGCGUCACUGAAGGAUGCUGAGGAAAAACUCCGGGAUGAUCUUGAGCAGUUGAAGAAGCUUGAAGAGGCCCUCAAAGUGGAAAUCUCGGAGAAAUCUAAAGCAGAACAAGGCCACCAGAAGACCCAGGCAGAGCACCUUUAUAAAGGAACGAAGACGACAGAACACCACAAGAAGCGCCACACAAAGCACAAGCAUUCAAAGGUGCAACAGGCGGUGUCUCUCAUUGAUUUGGAUUCUACAGACGACUUCGACCUUGAGGAGUCACAGGAGUCCCAGUCCAUGCGGAUCCAGGCCCUGGCUGCUGCGGCUCGCAAAGUGGCAUUGGAAGCUGUGGAGGAAGUGCAGACGAGUAUGAGUAUGGGCACCAUGUCCUCGGAACAGCGCUUGAGCACCAGGAAAGUGGCUCUGGAAUCAGUUCAGGCUGCCAUAGCCAAAGAGGUGCAAAAGCAGGAAUCCCAUGAGAAGGAGGUGGAGAAGCUGUCCUCGAAACUGCUCCACGGUGAGUCCCAGACAGCUCGCGAGGCAGCACUGUCUGAGAAAGUUAAAGAGCUCAAGGCAGCCCUUCAACGCGAAAAGCAAAAGGUGGACAAGGUAGAGGAGGAGAAGGUGAACAUGUUGGCUUCGCGCUUGACCAGCUUGAGCACGGGACCAGAAGGGAGGCAGCAGCUGCUGCUUGCUGCGGCGAAGGAAAUCCUUGAGCUCAAGGCGCAUGUGGAGUGGGAUCAGAAGCGCAUGCAAAGCGACAUGGAGGAGGAGCUGGAACUGAAGAACCAUUUGAAGCAGGUAGAGGCCGAAUUGCGCGCAAGGCAAAAAGCUCCUGUGCUCUUUCAGGACUGGCAUGUAGAGCAGGGACUUGCCAAGAAGCAGGCUAAGUAGGCCGCCAAGGUGCCCCCCAAAAGGCAACAAUAAGGAUGGCGUUGGCGUUCGGACGUGGCCAG